AACAAUAUCCAACCCUCUAGAAUAAAGAGUAUCACUUUUAACAUCUCAACAACCAAUUAAAAACUAAAUAUCGGUUUUGAAACUUUAGGAUAAAUCAAUUCCAAACUCCCCAAUCACUAAGUGUAACUUGAAAAAGAAACCAUUGGAUGCUAUGGAAGCUAAAAUGGUGAAGGCUAAGCCGAGGUGAGAGAAUGGGUAUUGUGAAUUGUGUGAGGUAAGUGGGUGUAUCCAGUUUAUAUAUUCCCUCGCAUCCUCCUCUUCCCCACAUCACUUUCUCCAUUUUCUCUCUGUUUCUUCUUCUUCUUCUUCUUCUUCUUCUUCUUCAUCUUCAAUUCCCACUGAUUUCGACGCACACCCUCUUUCUGAACCAAAACAGAGGAGUUAUUAAUAAGUGCAAAGUGUAAAAAAAAAUCCCACUAUCUACCAAAAAGGGCCACCCAGAAUGGAGAGAGUGAAAAACUGAUCACUAUUCGCCACCACUCUUUUUCUUUCUUCUUUUUCAAUUUCACGGGAGCUUCAGCUUCUUCUGGUUUUUGUCGUUCUUCAAUCUUUUUUUCGAGAUGGCUACAUUUUUCUGAUUUUGGACAUCUCAAUUCUGUGCCACUGUUGCGGGAAAGACGGGGGAUGGACGAUCAAACUCCUCUCUCUCUUCAUUUUCCUUUCUGUAGUUUCUAAUUCCUUCUUCCCAAAUGGAAGUCACCGAAGUUUUACCUAGAAAUCGCAUUCACUCCACCGGGGUUUCCGAUCAUCACCAGUUGUUGUUGUCUUCUCCGGCGGGUAGUGAUUGAUAUUGAAGAAUCAGAUCUAGAAGUAGAGUUAGCAGGAGUGAAAUUAUGGCCGGUGGCGGUGGCGGUGGUGGUGGUGGUUUGAUUUCUCCGACGAGCAAUAAUAGGAAAUUGGGUUCGUCUUUCUUUGGUUCUCCCAGAUUGUUUACGAGUUCUUCUUCAAAGGGGUUGUCGGAAACUGAGGCUGUGAUGAGCCCGACUUCAAUUCUCGAACCGUUUUUGGGUCUGAGAAAUCCGUUGUGGGCGGAAUCGAAUUCGCCAAGAACACAAGUAACGGAGUCCAAACGGCCAUGGGAUUCGAAAGGGAUUGGCCUCGGGAUUGUAGAUGCUCUUACGGAGGAGAAAUCGGAUCCAGCGCCCACAAAACCCGAGACCCGAAUGGUUCUAUUGGGAUCUCAGUUGAAGAUCCAAAUCCCUCCUCUGCAACCGCCGUUCGUUUCUCCGGCCGACGAGUCCCCAAAAUCCCCAGUGGAAUUCGGGAUCAAGACGAGGAAUUCCCAUCUGGGUUCCUUCUCCCCCGGCUCGUCUCUGUCGCCGGCGAAGAGAUCAGCGUUUGGAUCGUCCAGCUCCGGCCUCGAGACUCCGAAUUCUCCUCGGGUUUUCGCCGGGUCUCUCUCCGCCGGCGAGAUCGAGCUCUCCGAGGACUAUACCUGCGUAAUCGCCCACGGCCCGAAUCCUCGCACCACUCACAUAUUCGGCGAUUGCGUCAUCGAGAGCGGCUGGUCCAGAAAAGAAAAUGGGCUUUUCACAGAUCGAACAAGUUUCUCCUCGGAAAAUUUCCUCAGUUUCUGCUACCACUGCAAGAAGAAUCUUGAACAGGGCAAAGAUAUUUACAUAGGGGAAAAGGCAUUUUGCAGCCAUGAGUGCCGAUACCAGGAGAUGAUGUUGGAGGAGGGAAUUGACAAUUGAUAAUUGAUAAACUUGCCGAUCAAAGCCAUUUUUCCUGGGAAAAAAAAAGCAAGUUGUAAAAUAACGGUGGGAUUUUGAUUCUUGGAAAAUUUCCGGGGAAAUUUUUCCAUCUCUUCUUUGCUCUCUGUUUCCUCUCUUUUUGGCCUUUUUGUUAGAAGUACAGUGACAAGAAGGCUCUGAUGAAGAUGUAGAGUUGGAAUUUUGUUGUAAUGUUUAAUUAGAGAAUUGUAUUUCCUUAUACGUCCAGAUUUUUUUUUUGCUUUUAAUAUUUCCAGUGGCGAUGAAAUGAUGAUGUGUAUGGGUUUAAUCUCCAA